AUGGGUCAGCUCCGGCUGGUGAAUGGUUCCAACCAGUGCUCUGGACGGGUGGAGGUUUGGUACCGCAAUGAGUGGGGAACAGUGUGUGAUGACAGCUGGGACAUGAGAGAUGCCUCUGUGGUGUGUAGGCAGCUCGGCUGCGGAGAGGCGAUAUCAGCCCCAAGUAAUGCUUAUUUUGGGAGUGGAUCUGGGACUAUCUGGCUGGACGACGUUAACUGCAAUGGGGAGGAGGAGCUCCUCAGCGAGUGCUCGCUGCAGGCUUGGGGACAGCACAACUGCAGGCACAGCGAGGACGCAGGCGUUGUGUGCGCAGGUUUGCCCAAGGACUGCAGCGAGGUCUCUGCUGGCAGCCCCAGCGGCAUUUACGUCAUCCAGCCUGCCGGGCUGCACCCCAUCGUGGUGUACUGCGAAAUGAACGUGACGGACGGGGGCUGGACGGUCAUCCAGAGGAACCGGCAGAGCACGGAGAUCACCUGGGCCGAGUCCUGGAGCACUUACAAGUACGGCUUUGGGAAUGUGCGCAGCGAGUACUGGCUGGGCACUGAGUACAUCCAUCAGAUCUCCAGGCAGAAGGUCUACCAGGUCAGGUUUGUCAUCUGGGAUGCUGCAAACAACACCAAGUUUGCAGACUACAACCUCUUCAGUGUGGAAGAUGAGUCCCAGGGCUACCGACUGAGGCUGGGAGCGUACUCGGGGACAGCGGAGGAUGCCAUGGCCUCAAAGAGUCCCAGCACCAUGCACGACAACAUGAAGUUCUCCGCCAAAGAUCUGGAUCAGGACACUUACAGUGGGAACUGUGCCUCCAGCUACGGGGGCGGGUGGUGGUACUCGGCGUGUUAUGCUGUACGGCUGAACGUCAAGGGGGCCAUAACGUGGGGCAGCCUGUGCAACGGGAACUGCAAAGCCUCUGCCAUCCUCAUCAAACCCAUCACCUACUGCUAGGGCUGCGUCACUGCCUGUCUGCACUGGGUGCGUGGCCAGACCGGUGCUCCGACGGGCCCCUUUGCUGGGGGGGGGAGCGGAGCAGGUGGCAGUGGGGCACACCUGGGGCUGAGAAAAGAUUUUUCUUUCACGUCUCUUGCAGAGUUUCUUUGCUUCCCUUUCUGGGUUCUUCUACUUUGAGCUGUUUUUAUUUUAAUUGCGUUAUAAUCAGACUAACACAUUGCAAAGCAUGUACUUCUGAAACAUGCCUGCUCUGGAGAAUAAAAUGUGCUUUGGAAACAUAAAGCCUGGAUGAGCAGCCCAAGAAAAAAGUCCUUAUUCCUAGCUGUAUAAAUCAUUUCCUUCUAAGCUCUAUAGAUAAUUCUUUUCAGGGUUUCUCUCACCCCCUCAUUAGCUGGGGUGAGGGAAGGAUAAAGUUUCCUUAUUUCCUAGUAAAUCUGAAUUAACCCCACUUGCGGAAGAUGUGGCCUGGACACCUACCCCUGGAGAGGUGUUUUCACCCACACUGGUUCUCUGUUCAGUGGCUGUUAAAGCCUCCAGUAAAAUCCUGUGUCUAAACAAACACCUACAACCUGCAAAUACCUGCUCCGCAUCUCUGGCAUGUUUG